GGUGUUGUGUAUAGAUAAUCUACCUACAUUCGAGAAUUGACAUUCAAGCUGUGCGUAGCGUAUCUAUAGUAUAAAGAAAAUGACUGAAUUCGAUAUCGUAGAAAUUGAAUUUGGAAAAGUUCGCGGAAUUAAAAUGGUUUCUGCACUCCGAACGUCAUACACUGCAUUCCUAGGUGUUCCUUAUGCCAAGGCACCAGUUGGUGAAUUACGGUUCAAGAAUCCGACGCCGAUAGAGAAAUGGGAAAACGUUUACGAUGCAACAAAAGAGAAAAUUGGUAGCUAUGGUGAAAAUUUCUAUACGAAGAGCAUUGCCGGGUCGGAGGACUGUUUGCACAUGAACGUUUUUACGAAACAUUUAAAACCCAAGAAGCUGCAACCAGUCAUGGUGUACAUUCACGGUGGUGCGUUCGUCACAAAUUCAAAUACCAUGGACUUACUCAGUCCGGAUUAUCUGCUCAUGGCUGAUGUGGUAAUUGUGACCAUCAAUUAUCGGCUUGGAGCUUUAGGUUUCCUGUCUCUACAAGAUGAAUCCCUAAACGUACCCGGCAACGCUGCGAUGAAAGAUCAGGUAAUGGCAAUGCGAUUUGUGCAGAAAAACAUACAAAGUUUCGGCGGAGAUGCAAACAAUUGCUGCCUGUUUGGACAUAGUGCCGGCGGUGCUUCGGUCAGUUGGCAUUGUGUAUCGGAAAUGUCGAAAGGGUUGUUUCAGAAGGCCAUCAUAAUGAGCGGAUGUGUUUUGAAUAAAUUUUGUUUCACGCCGAAAGGGGAUUGGGCUUUUCGAUUAGCGAAAAAACUAGGCUACGAGGGAGACAAUGACGACAAAGGAAUUUUAGAGUUUCUGCGUCAAGCAGAUCCGGUGAAAAUUGUGGAAGUUCAGGAAACGCUGUUGUUGCCCGAAGAGAAGGGGAAAAUUUCCAACUGUUUUGCGCCUCACGCUGAGCCUUACGUUAACAAUGAAACAUUCAAUACCGAAUUGCCGAUCGAUCUGGUGAGGAAGGCUUGGAGCAAUGAAAUUGAUAUUCUACUCGGCGUUACUUCCGACGAAGGUCUUAUGGUCUUGGAGUAUUUGAACAAAUCGCCAAUGAUGCUGAAAAUGGUAAAGCUGGAAAAUAUGGUUCCGUCAGAGCUUUCAAUACCUGACAAUGAUCCCAUACGAGUUCUUUUGGCAGAAAAACUGAAACAAACUUACUAUCCGUUGGGAACCGAUCCUACUGAAGAUUUUAUGGCCUACGGUCAGAUGAGAGGCGAACAAACUCUUACCCACGGAAUGCAACGGAUCAUACAGAGUCGUCAACACUCCGGCAAAGGUGGAAAAACGUUUUACUAUCGGUUUGCAGUCGAUUCACCAACGCAAAAUCAUUAUCGCAAUGCGCACAUCGGAUUGGGUGUGAAGGGUGUGUGCCAUGCCGACGAAUUGAGCUAUUUGUUUAAGCAAAUUUACGUUGAUGUACCCGGAAGCAACUCAAUGGAAUUCACCGCAAUCACCAGAUUUGUUUCAAUGUUCACAUCGUUUGCUGCUACCGGAAAUCCGAACGACAACAUUUUGAAUGCAACUAUGAACAAGGUGCAAUGGCAUCCAGUUGACACAUUGGAUCCACCGUUCCAAUGUUUGAACAUUGAAGCAGACGACGUAAAAUUCGAAAUGUUCCCGCAUUCUGAGAGACUAAAUGUGUGGGAUUGGGUAUAUGGUGAGACCAAAACUCCACUUUAUUGAACAUUAAAAAAAUGUGUCCCGACCAAUGAA